AGGGGACGUGGCUGAAUCCUUAAGGUAUCACGUGGUCCCAGGUUUCGCGCCAGUUUCAGAUCCAGGAUCCGCCAUGGACUAUCACAGGGAGAGGGAAAAGUGCACCAAGUUCCUCUUGGAGUUCUACACUGACACUGGACUCGGCAAGAAACAUUUCAAAUAUGCAGACCAGUUGGUGCAGAUUGCUCACCGUGAGCAGGUAGCGCUGUACGUUGACCUCGACGACGUCGCGGAGGAAGAUCCAGAGCUGGUGGACUCGAUCUGUGAGAACACUCGCCGUUAUGUCAGCCUCUUUGCUGACGCAGUCCAGGAGCUGCUGCCGCGGUACAGGCAGCGGGAGGUGGCCAACAAAGAUGCCCUGGACGUCUACAUUGAGCACCGACUGAUGAUGGAGCAGCGGACCCGUGAUCCCGGUGAGGUCCGAGAUGCUCAGAACCAGUACCCGCAGGAGCUGCUGCGCCGAUUCGAGGUUUACUUCAAACCUCCGAGCGUCGCGAAGCCGAAGGUGAUCCGAGACGUCAAGGCGGACAGCAUCGGCAAGCUGGUGACUGUUCGAGGCAUCGUGACCCGCGUGACCGAGGUCAAGCCCAUGAUGGUGGUGGCUACGUACACGUGCGACCAGUGCGGAGCCGAGACCUACCAGCCGAUCCAGUCGCCGACCUUCAUGCCCCUGAUCAUGUGCCCCAGCCGCGAAUGUCAGACCAACAAGUCAGGAGGGCGCCUGUACCUGCAGUCACGAGGGUCAAAGUUCAUCAAGUUUCAGGAGAUCAAGGUCCAGGAGCACAGCGACCAGGUGCCGGUGGGAAAUAUUCCCCGCAGCAUGACCGUGUACAGCCGAGGAGAGAACACGAGACUGGCGCAGCCCGGUGACCACGUCACCAUCACCGGCAUCUUCCUCCCCAUGAUGCGGACUGGAUUCAGGCAGGUGAUUCAGGGUCUGCUCUCGGAGACCUACCUGGAAGCUCACAGGAUCUCUCAGAUGAACAAGACUGAAGACGACGAGCUGGGGACGCAGGAGUUGAGUGAGGAAGAGCUGAGACAGAUCACUGAAGAGGAUUUCUAUGAGAAGCUGGCAGCCUCGAUUGCGCCUGAAAUCUACGGGCACGAGGACGUGAAGAAGGCUCUGCUCCUGCUGUUGGUUGGAGGCGUCGAUCAGUCUCCCAAAGGAAUGAAGAUCAGAGGAAACAUUAACAUUUGCCUGAUGGGUGAUCCCGGUGUUGCCAAAUCGCAGCUGCUCUGCUACAUCGACCGGCUUGCACCAAGGAGUCAGUACACCACGGGCCGCGGGUCUUCGGGCGUGGGUCUGACGGCCGCGGUGAUGAAGGACCCGGUUACCGGGGAGAUGAUCCUGGAGGGCGGAGCUCUGGUGCUGGCCGACCAAGGCAUUUGCUGCAUCGACGAGUUUGACAAGAUGAUGGACUCCGACCGCACUGCCAUUCACGAGGUGAUGGAGCAGCAGACCAUCUCCAUCGCUAAGGCUGGCAUCAUGACCACGCUGAACGCCCGCUGCUCCAUCCUGGCGGCAGCCAACCCCGCCUACGGCCGCUACAAUCCCAAGAAGACGGUGGAGCAGAACAUCCAGCUGCCAGCGGCGCUGCUGUCCAGAUUCGACCUGCUGUGGCUCAUUCAGGACAAGCCCGACCGAGACAACGAUCUGAGGCUGGCCCAGCACAUCACCUACGUCCACCAGCACAGCAAGCAGCCUCCCUCGCAGUUCCAGCCCCUGGACAUGAAGCUGAUGAGGCGCUAUAUAACGCUGUGCAAGAAGAAGCAGCCGAUGAUCCCGGAGUCGCUGGCGGAUUACAUCACCGCUGCUUACGUGGAGAUGAGGAAGGAGUCACGGGUCAACAAGGACAUGACGUUCACCUCUGCCCGGACCCUGCUGUCUGUCCUGCGUCUCUCCACUGCUCUGGCCCGGCUUCGUCUGGUCGACACAGUGGAGAAGGAAGACGUGAACGAAGCCAUGAGGCUGAUGGAGAUGUCGAAGGAUUCUCUGCUCGGAGACAAGGGCCAGGCCACCAGGGCGCAGCGGCCUGCCGAUGUGAUCUACGCCACCAUCCGGGAGAUGCUGGGCAACUCGACAGCGCGGGUGGUCAAAUACUCAGAGGCGGAGCAGCGGUGCGUUUCCAAGGGAUUCACCCCGGCCCAGGUGGAAGCUGCCCUGGAGGAGUACGAGGAGCUGAACGUCUGGCAGGUGAACCAGGCCAGGACCAGGAUCACCUUCGUGUGAGAAGGAGCCCCCCCUCCCCAAACUGAGGGUGCAGAAACACCAGCCCCUCUCCCUCCCGGCCUGUCCAGUCAACGCUGUGGGCCCAUCCCCCCCAAACUGUCUGUUUCUGGACCAGGUCAGUGCCCAUUUUCACAUCCCUAUGCCUUCGCUGGAGAGGGCUUGCUCUGUGACCCUCCCGCUCCUGUUUUUAAUGUUGUGCGCCAAUCUUCUGUACUCGUGUUCCGUACAGGAGGGAAUUGUUCAAUAAAGUCUGUUUGUACCCUU